AUGCACUUCGCAUACACGUGUAUCCCCGAGGGAAAAGCUCGGAGACGUCGAAGAAAUUGGAGUUGGGAGCGAAUAAAAAGGCAUCGCCAGCUGGUUCGCGACUACCGAGACGCAUGGGUCAAACAUCAGACCGAAAAGAGCCUUCCUGGUUCUGUUGCCGAAUUGGUCAAGAAAGCUGAGGACACUUUGAAUGUUUUCAAUGCCAAUAUUGCGCGCCAGCAGACAGAAAUGGAAAUUGAUCGUAAAGGCUUGACGAGAGUCGAAGAUCAACCACAAGGCAUUAUGGGUUGGGCAAAGACA